AUGGCUCGAAUCGGAGUAGUAGGUAUUCUGCUGUUUACAUUGUACCUGAUAAAUGAAGUGAUAGCUGAAACUUCUUUGCAACCUGUUUCCAAUAAAGCUGCGAAUCUAGCUGAGGAUCGACAAGCAAUCGUGGGAACGGGAGGCUGGUGGCCCUGGGGAGGAUGGGGUUGGGGCUGGGGCUGGGGAGUGGCAGUUUUCGUGUUGGCGAUCGUCAAAGGAUCCAUCCUGUUGGGAUUGUUCGUAAUCUGGGCGUUCUUCAGAACCGUUGGUGGUGGACACGGGAAACAUGGAUGUGCUCCGAUCAUCAUUCGGGAAUCUCCACCGCCAUUUUUUGAGCAUCAUCAUGAACAUCAUCCCUGGGAUCGUGUGGCGAGUGCAAACGAAUAUCCGCGUGUGAAACGAUCGACCGAUUAUGCGGAUUCACCCCCGUUCUGGACGGAUAUUGCGACUGAUAUUAGUUUCAGCUUCCUUGGAAUUCACUCACGGGACUGUCGGAAACGGUUCGUUUGCGAGGUGGAUGUUCGCGCCAGAAACGAGCCGAUGCUGAGCCUGGCAAUGAACAUGUUUGGCGUAGAUAUCUUCCGACGGUAUCGAUCGGUCGCAGAUAAAGUCGCUAACAGUUUUGAAGAGUGUUCAAGGUUAUACAACAAAUGUAAAUUCAACGGUCCUUCCAUUAUGUUUAAUCUUGUAACAACGGGGAACCCAGAAACGCUGCAGGACUACGAUGAGUCAGUACAAGAGCAGCUGAGUGAGACUUCCAAUAGUGUAGAAAGUUACGAUGAAAACUCCAUUGUGCAGGAGGAAGUUACGACUGAAGAAGGAACCACCCAAGCGCCGGUUACUACGACAACCAGUGCUGACGUUGCACAGAAACGAUUUGCUUAUAAAAGGAAACGAUUUUUCAAAUUAUGGAAAAAGUAA